ACUAGAGCAGAAGGAUGCGAGGAAGGAGAACCUCCUCUGAAGCACGUACAUGCACCAUGAAGACGUCGUGUUUCUUUUUUUGAUAUUGAAGGUUCAAAAUCUUGCGGUUGAUUUCUUCGGAACCACGAGCGAGGCGGCAUUUAUUUGCUAAAAGUGGUGAAAAGGAAUUUUAGAGAGAAAGAGAGAGAGAGAGAGACGGAGAGCAAAGAGGGUUUUGAUAUGCAAGCGGAUACUAGGGUUGGGGUAGUGGUCGAAAGGGGGAAAAGAGGUAUCAAUUCAAGUCAAGGAGGUGUUGCCGUUGGUGGCGGUGUGAUGAAGUUGGCGCAGCAGCAACGUUCCGACAUUGGGACUAUUUCUCAGCUUCUUGCUGGGGGCGUUGCCGGUGCUCUUAGCAAGACCUGUACAGCGCCGCUUGCUCGACUGACCAUACUCUUUCAGGUUCAAGGUAUGCACUCCAAUGCCGCGUCGUUGAGGAAUGCCAGCAUAUGGAAUGAGGCUUCACGAAUUGUCAACGAAGAGGGAUUUAGAGCUUUCUGGAAAGGAAAUUUAGUUACUAUUGCUCAUCGUCUGCCUUAUUCUUCUGUCAACUUUUAUGCAUAUGAGCACUACAAGAAGUUGCUAAAGACGGUUCCAGGACUGCAAAAUAAUGGGGACAGUAUGAGUGCAGACCUUUGCAUACAUUUUGUAGGUGGUGGCCUAGCUGGAAUAACUGCUGCCACUGCGACUUAUCCUUUGGAUCUUGUAAGGACGCGCUUAGCUGCUCAGACAAAAGUUGUCUACUACAGAGGUAUUUGGCAUGCUUUACGAACUAUUAGCAAGGAAGAGGGAUUGUUUGGGCUUUAUAAGGGACUUGGAGCUACACUGUUGGGUGUGGGGCCUAGUAUAGCGAUCAGCUUCUCUGUGUAUGAAACCUUAAGAUCAUUUUGGCAGUCACAUAGGCCCAGUGAUUCAACUGUCCUUGUUAGUUUAGCAUGUGGUAGUCUUUCAGGCAUUGCAUCAUCAACAGCAACAUUUCCCUUGGAUCUUGUGAGGCGGCGGAAGCAAUUGGAGGGGGCAGGCGGCCGGGCCCGCGUGUACACGACAGGCCUCCUUGGGAUGUUUCGGCACAUAAUGCGGACAGAAGGCUUACGGGGCCUAUACAGAGGAAUCUUGCCUGAAUAUUACAAGGUUGUGCCUGGCGUAGGUAUCUGUUUUAUGACUUACGAGACACUUAAGACGCUUUUAGCUGAUAUUGCCACCACUUCAUAGUCACAAAAGUUUUUAGACAUUUAUCCAAAGAAAAAGUGAGUUUAUUAGAGCUAUUGCCUAUCUACGAAACACAUUUUAUCUCUUGGUAAAAUGGUUUGCUGCUGCGGGAACCGGGUAAUACAUUUUUAUCAAUGUAUAGAAACAAUUUCCUUCAUUGUAUCUUGAAUUUUAUUACAUACUUAAUAGGAGUAUUGGGCAGUUAUCUACAUCCAAACGAAUCAUUUUUGUAUUACCAUGUUCCAUUCCACAUCUUUCAGUAAGUUAAUUGAGGUUGCAUUUACUGUGGGAUUCUUUGUAAGAAUAUUAUAUUAUCAAAAUUGAAGUCACAGGAAGCCCUGGUUCUAGUUUUUUGUACGGGUCA